GGGACAGGCGAGAUACAGAGCCCUGCCAUGAAGUCAGUGAGGACCUCACUUUCCCAAAGCCGCUGGCUCCCCGUGCUAGUCCUGGUGGUGCUCCUCGUUGACUCUCUCGGCGAGGACAUAAUUUUUCACCCUGAGUGGGGGUUUGACUCGUACGAAAUCACGAUCCCCAAGAAGCUGACCUUCCGGGUAGAAGAGCCCAGUGUGAGUAGGCACGAGUCCUACCUCCUGAAGUUAAAAGGCAAGAAGCAUGUUCUCCACCUGUGGCCCAAGAGGUUUCUGUUGUCCCGACAUCUGCGGCUUUUCUCUUUCACCGAGCAGGGUGACCUUGUGGAGGAUAACCCUUAUAUACCGAAGGGCUGCAACUAUAUGGGCUCGGUGGAAGGGUCUCCGGAAUCUGAAGCUACUUUGAGUACGUGCAUGGGGGGCCUCCGAGGCAUAUUGAAAAUUGAUGAGGAACUUUACCAAAUUGAGCCCCUUAAGGACUCUUCCGGGUUUGAACAUGUCGUGUAUCUCCUGAAUAAUGAACAUAUUAGCAAUCGGACCUGUGGCUUAACUGAUGAGGAAGUAGAACGACAGAUGGCUCAGCAUGAGAAUAUGGCUAGGGCAAGGGACUUUUCUGGAUCCUAUAAACACCAAAAGUAUUUGGAAUUGACCAUGUUGUUUGAUAAUAGUAGAUAUUUGUUUGUGAAUUCUAAUGUAACUCAAAUCGUAAGUGAUGCCAUUCUUCUGACUGGAAUUCUGGACACCUACGUUCAGGAGCUCAGUAUGAGGAUAAAUCUACAAGCUCUCGAAAUAUGGACAGAUAGAGACAAAUUUAAUACCCAGGUAACCCUUUUAAGUCAAAUUGCAGGCAGUUUUGUACUCUAUAGAAAAUAUGAACUAAAUGAACGGAUUCAUACAGAUUGGGCACAUUUAUAUGUACAAAGAGAGUAUGUUGAUUCUCUUGGCUGGUCCUUUGGAGGAACGUGUACUCAAGGUUUUUCUGGAUCAGUAAGUUCAUAUCCAAACUUAAAUAUCCUUGCACCUGGCACUUGGACUGCUCAUGAACUGGGCCAUAGUUUUAGGAUACAACAUGAUACAGAAUACUGUCAGUGUAAGGGUAAAACUAGUUGCAUCAUGGGCACUGGACGUACUGGGUGGAGUAAUUGUAGUUUUGUCACUUAUUUCAGGUCCAUAAAUGUAGGAUUAUCUUGUCUAAAUAAUAUCCCAGAAAUAAGUUAUGUGUUGGAGAGUUGUGGAAACAGUAUUGUGGAAGAGGAUGAGGAAUGUGAUUGUGGUUCAAAAGGAGACUGUGAAAAAGACAAGUGUUGUCAACCAGAUUGUAAGUUGAAACCUGGUGCCAACUGUAGCAUUGGUCUUUGCUGUCAAGACUGUCAGUUUCGUCCAUCUGGAUAUGUAUGUAGGCAGCAAGAAAAUGAAUGUGACCUUGCAGAAUACUGCAAUGGGACCUCCAAUCUCUGCCCAGAUGACACUUACAAGCAGGAUGGAACCCCUUGCAAACAUGAAGCCCACUGUUUCGGAAAGGGGUGUCGGUCCAGGGCUAUGCAGUGCCAAAGAAUUUUUGGUCCCGAAGCCAUGGAGGCUCCUAAUCAGUGCUAUGAUGCUGUGAAUUUAAUUGGUGACCAAUAUGGUAAUUGUGGCAUUAGAGCAAUUGCAUUGUUUGCACAAUGUAGGAAGGUAAAUUCAUUAUGUGGCAGACUACAGUGCAUAAAUGUCAAAACAGUCCCUGAUAUGCCAGACCAUACUUUAAUAAUUAACACUCAUCUGAAAGAAGAAAACCUCAUGUGCUGGGGCACAGGCUAUCAUCUAGGCAUGAAACCCAUGGGGAUACCUGACCUGGGUGUGAUAAAUGAUGGCACCCCCUGUGGCGAGAACCUGAUAUGUAUUAACAGAAGUUGUGUUGAUAUCUCAAUUCUGAAGUAUGACUGUUUGCCUGAGAAGUGCAACCGCCGAGGCAUUUGCAACAAUAAAAAAAACUGCCACUGCAUGUAUGGCUGGGCCCCUCCGUUCUGUGAGGAGGAAGGCUAUGGGGGAAGCAUUGACAGUGGGCCUCCAGGACAGCUAAUUCCAGAGAUGCCCUCGUCAGUUCAGAUUGUGUCCAUUAUGAUAUUACGCCUUAUUUUCUUCGUCAUCUCACUGAUCGUUGUGUUUUUCACGCAAAAGAAACUCAAACAGAAAGAAAAAUCCCCCGAUAUCCCUGAAGAUGAAAAAAUCCCAGGCGAAAGAUGACAAGAAACCAAAAAAUUAAUCAGGUGCUCCAUGGUCACUCAGGAUCAUUUAUUGAACAAGGUUAUCACAUCCAAACUUUUGUUCUCCUCCCAAUUCUUUUUUAUUUCCUUUUCAUUCAAGUUUUGAUCAGCAAAUAAAUGAUAUUCUUGUUUGGGGAAAGUGCAUUUUAUUUCCAAAAGACUCACUUGACCCCUCCGUUUGCAAACAAAUUUUGGGUGUCCUGAAAAGAUUGCACAAAUCACCUUUACAGACACUAAAUGGCUGAAUGUUGUGAGUUUCAUGGAAUUACAGUGUCUUUCAGAGCAGAGUCCUGUCUUUCAGAAUCCCAGC